CGGGGCGGCGCGCUGGGCGGGGAGGCGCGGCCCGGCCGGGGCGAAGAAAGAGCCGGGAGGGUGUGCAGAGGAGGCGCGCCAGGUCCCGCGCCAGUGCUCGGCCGCCCCCGGGCAGUUCCCCCCCCACCCCCAGAGCUGCCGAGGGGCUGCAGCUUAGACCCCCAGUGCCUCCCGCUCCCCGGGGCGGAUUUCCAUAGUAACCCGCGCCUCCGCCUCCCGGACCUGAGGCAUUCGGCUGCACCCUGGCUGCAGGCAAGCCGCUCCGGCUGCACCCUGGCUGCACCCACGUCGCUCAGGCUGCACCCUGGCUGCACCUCGGCUGCACCCCGUCUGCAUCCCAGCCGCUCAGACUGCACCCCGCCUGCACCCCGGCUGCUCCCAAGCUGCUCCGGGUGCACCCCGCCUGCACCCCGUCUGCACCCGUCCAGGUUUAUAGAAUCUGUAUUUCUUUGAACAUGGAAAACUAUGAAGAACAAAAAAGAUAGCCCUUGGAGUUUGAAUUCCUGGAUGAAGAUUUUGCUUAUGAGAUAACCGCAUUUGAAAACGCUAUGUUGAUUUGGAAAUUCCUGGGAAUACUACAGAAUUAUUUUUUUCCCUUCCACCCAUGGAUUUGCCGAUCAUUGCUUGGAGCUGAGGACAUUCAGAGGUGGUACGUGAUGUGAAAGGUGGCAUGACUGCAUUUCCCUAGCAAUUCCGUCUUGGAUUAGUUUGCUGCUCCUUUGAAGAGACUCCACUUUGCGAGGGGAAAACCGACUGUGAUGGAUUUAUCCUCAGAGAUGAACAGGCAUGGGAAGAAUCCAGUGAGUCACAAGCUAGAAGACCAGAAGAAGAUCUACACUGACUGGGCCAACCACUAUCUGGCAAAAUCAGGCCACAAGCGGCUGAUCAAGGACUUACAACAGGAUAUAGCAGAUGGAGUCUUACUAGCGGAAAUUAUCCAGAUCAUUGCGAAUGAAAAAGUGGAAGAUAUCAAUGGAUGUCCUAGAAGUCAUUCUCAGAUGAUUGAGAAUGUUGAUGUCUGCCUUAGUUUUCUAGCUGCCAGAGGAGUCAAUGUUCAAGGUCUGUCUGCUGAAGAAAUCAGAAAUGGAAACUUAAAAGCCAUCCUAGGGCUGUUUUUCAGUCUGUCCCGCUACAAGCAGCAGCAGUGCCACCAACAACAGUAUCACCAGUCUCUGCUCCACCACAGAGUCCCUCCUGUCCAUCCCCAACCGGAAGCCAACCAGGCCAAAGCCCAGCAAGAUAUGCAGUCCAGUCUGGCAGCCAGAUAUGCAACUCAGUCUAAUCACAGUGGAAUUGCAAGCAGUCAGAAAAAGCCUACUAGGCUUCCUGGGCCCUCCAGGGGGGCAGGCACAGGCAGCAGCAAGGCCCAAGGAGCCUCCAACUUAAACAGGAGAAGUCAAAGCUUUAACAGCAUGGACAAAAACAAGCCUCCCAAUUAUGCAAACGGCAAUGAGAAAGAUUCUUCCAAAGGACCUCAGCCACAGGCAAGUGUCAAUGGCAACAUGCAGCUCCCCGGCCCCGCGGGCCAGCCCCCGGCCUCCGCCAUCCCAUCACCCAGUGCCAGCAAGCCUUGGCGGAGCAAGUCCAUGAACGUCAAGCACAGUGCCACUUCCACCAUGCUGGCAGUGAAGCAGCCCAGCCCGGCCACCUCCCCUCCACCCCCGGCUGCUGCAGCCACUGACAGGCUCAAGGCCCCUUGCUCAGAGGGUGGUGGCAAGACUCCUUCCUCAGGCCAGAAAUCCAUGCUGGAGAAGUUCAAGCUGGUCAAUGCCCGGUCGGCUCUCCGCCCCCCACAGUCUGCAAGUUCGAGUCCCGGGGAAGGUGGGAAGGACGAAGAUGCCUUUUCAGAGUCUGGAGAGAUGGAAGGAUUUCCCAGUGGCCUUCACUGCGGGGGCUCCACCAACAGCAGCCCCAAAGCAUCCCCCAAGUUAACCCCUCCGAAAGCUGGGAGCAAACACCUCAACAAUAAAAAGUCCCCGCUUCAGCUGAAGGACAAAGAGGACAAAAGCAGGGACAAAAGCAAAGAGGGUGGUGGUGACAAACCUCUCAAGGAGGACAAGGAGCCAGUGGCAGAGACGGCGCCCAAAAAGACGUCUAAAAUAGCCAGCCUGAUCCCAAAGGGCAGCAAGGCCUCAGGAGCCAGGAAAGAAAGUUUCAUGCCAGCGUCCAGUGGCAUCCCCAAGCCAGGUUCCAAGGUGCCCACCAAGCAGACUCUUUCUCCAGGCACCACGGGCAGCAAAGACUCUGAGAAAUUCAGGACUAGUAAGGGAAGCCCUGCCCAGUCCUUUCCUAAGCCUACAGCCCCGGAAAAGACAAGCACAGCCAGCGGCCCUGCACCUUCGGAAGGGAGGGAAGGCGGCCAGGCCUCUCAGGCAUUGCAGGGCAGUGGGCAGAGCCCAGGAAACGGAACUACCCAGCUCCAACAGCAGCCACACAGCCACCCCAACACCGCCACUGUGGCCCCUUUCAUUUACAGAGCACAAUCAGAAAAUGAAGGCACUCCUUUGCCAUCCACCGAUGCCUGCACCAGCCCCACGAAAAUGGAUUUGUCUUACAGUAAGACUGCCAAGCAGUGCCUAGAGGAAAUAUCUGGUGAAGACCCUGAAGCAAGAAGAAUGCGAACCGUUAAAAACAUUGCAGAUUUAAGACAAAAUCUAGAAGAGACGAUGUCCAGUCUUCGUGGGACCCAGAUAAGUCACAGCACCCUGGAGACAACUUUUGACAGCACUGUGACCACAGAAGUAAAUGGCAGGACCAUCCCCAACUUAACAGGUCGACCCACUCCCAUGUCCUGGAGACUGGGCCAGGCUUGUCCCCGCCUGCAGGCUGGAGACGCCCCUUCCCUGGGGGCUGGUUAUCCCCGGAGCGGCACCAGUCGGUUCAUUCACACGGACCCCUCCCGGUUCAUGUACACCACACCUCUCCGUCGAGCUGCCGUCUCUCGGCUGGGAAACAUGGCCCAGAUUGACAUGAGCGAGAAAGCAAGCAGUGACCUGGACAUGUCUUCCGAAGUGGAUGUCGGAGGCUACAUGAGUGACGGUGACAUCCUUGGGAAGAGUCUCCGGGCAGAUGAUAUCAACAGUGGGUACAUGACAGAUGGGGGGCUCAGCCUGUAUACCAGAAGUCUGAACCGAGUACCAGACGCAGCUACCUCCAGAGACGCCAUGCAGAGAGGGGUGCAUGACGUCACAGAUGCAGACAGCUGGGAUGACAGCAGUUCUGUGAGCAGUGGCCUCAGUGACACCUUGGAUAAUAUCAGCACUGAUGACCUAAAUACCACCUCCUCAGUCAGCUCCUACUCCAACAUCACCGUCCCUUCCAGGAAAAACACUCAGUUGAAGACAGAUUCGGAGAAACGUUCUGUAGCAGAUGAGACAUGGGAUUACAGUGAGGAACUGAAAAAGUCCGAUGAAGACUUUGCCAGCCCCGGAGACAGUAGUGGCAAGUGGAAAAGUGUUACCUCAGGACUCCCAGAAGAUUCAGAGAAGACAGGACAGAAGGCUUCCCUGUCUGUGUCACAGACAGGGCCGUGGAGGAGAGGCAUGUCUGCUCAAAGCGGGACACCGUCUAGGCAGAAAGCCACGACAAGCACACUCAAGACCCCGGGCAAAACGGAUGAUGUCAAAGCUUCUGAGAAAGGGAAGACUCCUCUGAAAGGAUCAUCUCUCCAGAGAUCUCCAUCAGAUGCUGGAAAAAGCAGUGGAGAUGAAGGCAAAAAGCCCCCAUCCGGCAUUGGAAGAUCCACAGCUACUGGUUCGUUUGGGUUUAAGAAGCCAAGUGGGGUUGGUUCCUCGACCAUCAUCACCAGCAGCGGUGCUACCAUCACCAGCGGCUCAGCCACCUUGGGGAAAAUCCCCAAAUCUGCUGCCAUCAGUGGGAAGUCAAAGGCAGGGAGGAAAACCAGUCUGGAUGGCUCACAGAACCAAGAUGACGUACUGCACGUCAGCUCUAAGACAUCGCUGCAGUACCGAAGCUUGCCCCGCCCGGCCAAGUCCAGCCCCAGUGGGAUCCCCGGCCGGGGUGGACACAGAUCCAGCACCAGCAGCAUCGACUCCAAUGUCAGCAGCAAGUCUGCGGGUGCCACCACCUCAAAACUCAGGGAGCCCACCAAGAUUGGAUCUGGGCGCUCCAGUCCGGUCACAGUCAACCAGACAGAUAAGGAGAAGGAAAAAGUCACAGUGUCAGAUUCAGAGAGUGUUUCAUUGUCGGGUUCCCCUAAAUCGAGUCCCACCUCUGCCAAUGCCUGUGGGACACAAGGGCUCAGGCAACCAGGCUCCAAGUAUCCUGAUAUUGCCUCACCUACGUUUCGCAGGUUGUUUGGUGCCAAGGCAGGUGGGAAAUCUGCCUCUGCACCUAAUACUGAGGGGGUGAAAACGUCCUCACUGUUACCCAGCCCUAGUACCACAUUAGCACGGCAAGGCAGUCUGGAAUCACCGUCGUCUGGGACGGGCAGCAUGGGCAGUGCUGGUGGUCUGAGUGGCAGCAGCAGUCCUCUCUUCAAUAAACCCUCAGACUUAACUACAGAUGUCAUAAGCUUAAGUCACUCGUUGGCUUCCAGCCCGGCAUCGGUGCACUCUUUCACAUCAGGUGGUCUCGUGUGGGCUGCCAAUCUGAGCAGUUCCUCUGCCGGCAGCAAGGACACUCCCAGCUACCAGUCCAUGACUAGCCUCCAUACGAGCUCAGAGUCUAUUGACCUUCCCCUCAGCCAUCAUGGCUCCCUGUCCGGACUGACCACAGGUGCUCACGAGGUGCAAAGCCUGCUCAUGAGAACGGGUAGUGUGAGAUCCACUCUCUCAGAAAGCAUGCAGCUUGACAGAAAUACACUACCCAAAAAGGGACUAAGAUAUACCCCAUCAUCUCGGCAGGCCAACCAGGAAGAGGGCAAAGAGUGGUUACGUUCCCAUUCAACUGGUGGACUACAGGAUACCGGCAACCAGUCACCUCUGGUCUCUCCAUCUGCCAUGUCAUCUUCUGCAACUGGAAAAUACCAUUUCUCUAACUUGGUGAGCCCGACCAAUCUGUCUCAGUUCAACCUGCCGGGGCCCAGCAUGAUGCGUUCUAACAGCAUCCCAGCCCAGGACUCUUCCUUCGACCUCUAUGACGACUCCCAGCUUUGCGGGAGUGCCACGUCUCUGGAGGAACGGCCGCGGGCCAUCAGCCACUCGGGGUCUUUCCGAGACAGCAUGGAGGAAGUUCAUGGUUCCUCUUUAUCGCUGGUCUCCAGCACGUCUUCCCUUUACUCAACGGCAGAAGAAAAGGCUCACUCAGAGCAAAUCCACAAACUGCGGCGGGAGCUGGUGGCCUCACAAGAGAAAGUGGCUACCCUCACAUCUCAGCUGUCAGCAAAUGCUCAUCUUGUCGCAGCCUUUGAGAAGAGUCUAGGGAAUAUGACUGGCCGACUGCAGAGUCUAACCAUGACAGCGGAACAGAAGGAGUCUGAACUGAUAGAAUUAAGAGAAACCAUUGAAAUGCUGAAGGCCCAGAACUCUGCUGCUCAGGCCGCCAUUCAGGGAGCUCUGAAUGGCCCAGAUCAACCGCCCAAAGAUCUUCGCAUCAGAAGACAGCACUCGUCAGAGAGUGUCUCCAGUAUCAACAGUGCCACAAGCCAUUCCAGCAUUGGCAGUGGCAAUGAUGCUGACUCCAAGAAGAAGAAGAAGAAGAACUGGCUGAGAAGCUCAUUCAAGCAAGCCUUUGGGAAGAAGAAGUCCACCAAGCCGCCUUCCUCCCACUCAGACAUUGAAGAACUAACAGAUUCCUCCCUCCCGGCCUCCCCAAAAUUGGCCCACAAUGCUGGUGACUGCAGCUCAGCCUCCAUGAAGCCCUCACAGUCCACCUCAGCGAUCUGUGAAUGCACAGAGGCUGAGGCAGAGAUAAUUCUGCAGCUAAAGAGUGAGCUCAGAGAAAAGGAAUUAAAAUUAACAGAUAUCCGGCUGGAGGCUCUCAGCUCUGCUCAUCAUCUGGACCAGAUCCGCGAAGCCAUGAACCGGAUGCAGAAUGAAAUCGAGAUACUGAAGGCUGAGAAUGACCGGUUGAAGGCGGAAACAGGCAACACAGGGAAGCCUGCUCGCCCUCCCUCAGACUCCUCCAGCACAGCUUCCUCCUCCUCUUCACGGCAGUCUCUGGGGCUGUCUCUCAACAACCUAAACAUCACGGAGUCUGUCACUUCAGAUAUUUUGCUAGAAGACGCCGGAGAUGCCACUGGACACAAAGACAGCCGAAGUGUGAAGAUCCUGGUCUCCAUUAGCAAGGGCUAUGGCCAGGCAAAGGAUCAGAAGUCUCAGGCCUAUUUGAUAGGAUCCAUUGGCAUUAGUGGAAAAACCAAGUGGGAUGUAUUAGAUGGUGUAAUUAGACGUCUCUUUAAGGAAUAUGUAUUCCGGAUUGACACGUCCUCAAGCCUUGGUCUGAGCUCCGACUGCAUCGCGAGCUACUGCAUAGGAGACUUAAUUCGAUCCCAGAGCCUGGAAGUGCCUGAACUGCUGCCCUGUGGCUACCUUGUUGGAGAUAACAACACCAUCACUGUGAACCUCAAAGGGGUAGAAGAAAACAGUCUGGACAGUUUUGUUUUUGAUACGCUGAUUCCUAAGCCAGUUACCCAAAGGUACUUUAACUUGUUGAUGGAGCAUCACAGAAUUAUCCUCUCAGGACCAAGUGGCACUGGAAAGACCUACUUAGCAAACAAACUCGCCGAAUAUGUGAUCACCAAAUCCGGGAGGAAGGAAACGGAGGAUGCGAUUGCCACUUUCAAUGUGGACCACAAGUCAAGCAAGGAAUUGCAGCAGUAUCUAGCUAACCUGGCUGAGCAGUGCAGCGCUGAUAAUAAUGGCGUAGAGCUCCCCGUCGUAAUAAUCCUCGAUAACCUCCACCACGUGGGCUCUUUGAGUGAUAUCUUCAAUGGCUUUCUCAACUGUAAAUACAACAAAUGUCCAUAUAUUAUUGGAACAAUGAAUCAGGGAGUUUCUUCAUCGCCAAAUCUUGAACUGCAUCACAACUUCAGGUGGGUGCUAUGUGCAAACCAUACAGAACCAGUGAAAGGCUUCUUGGGCAGGUACCUUCGGAGGAAACUGAUAGAAGUGGAAAUUGAAAAGAACACACGGAACAGUGACCUUGUGAAAAUCAUAGAUUGGAUUCCCAAGACGUGGCAUCAUCUCAACAGCUUUUUGGAAACACACAGUUCUUCUGAUGUUACCAUUGGUCCCCGCCUUUUUCUUCCUUGCCCCAUGGAUGUGGAAGGUUCUCGAGUGUGGUUCAUGGAUCUCUGGAACUAUUCUUUGGUACCUUAUAUUCUAGAGGCAGUGAGAGAAGGUCUUCAGACAUAUGGCAAGCGAGCACCAUGGGAAGAUCCUUCAAAAUGGGUGCUUGACACUUACCCGUGGAGCUCAGCAUCGAUGCCUCAGGAAGGCCCGGCCUUGCUUCAGCUUAGGCCAGAAGACGUUGGCUAUGAAGGCUGCGUCACCAGCAAGGAAGCCACAACCUCAAAGCACAUUCCACAUACUGACGUGGAGGGAGAUCCCCUGAUGAACAUGCUCUUGAAGCUUCAAGAAGCAGCCAACUACACAGGCACACAGAGCUGUGACAGCAACAGUACCGCCACCAGCCACCCUGAAGACAUUCUGGAUUCCUCUCUUGAAUCUACUCUCUAGAGAGGAAGAACUCAGGCUGGGGGUGGGGGGAGGGCCACUAGGCUUUGGGGAAAAAACAAAAACAAAAGUUAAAAAACAGAGAAAAAAAAAAGUAUUCUCACCAAACCACUACCAGUAUGACAGCACCCUAUCCAGGGCCCUGGCCCCAAGCUGUGGUCUCCCCAGGAAGUUACAGGGCACAGAGCAGAGUCUGAGCCACCAAGAUGCUCACUUACAAUGAAGCUUCAUGUUGUUGAUGAUUUUUGUUGUUGUUGUUACUAUUAUUAUUUUCUGCAUCUGGAGAGAGAUAGAAGAGGCUUCAUUACUCCCCUGGAGAGGAUCCGAGUGGCAGGGCAACUGGAUAGAUUGCACAUAAAAUAGGCAAACUGGACGCUGAGGGUUUUUUUUAUUAUUAUUAUUUUUCUCUUACCUUUAUUUAUUGGAUAGAGACAGCCAGAAAUCAAGAGGGUUGAGGGAGAGAGACACCUGUAGUCCUGCUUCACCACUCACAAAGCUUUCCCCCCUGCAGGUGGGGCCCGGGGGCCUCGAACCUGGGUCCUUGUGCGUUGUAACAUGUGCCCAGGUGCAUCACCCCCUGCCCCUAAUUUUUUUUUGCCCCUUUUUUAAAAGUUUACAAUGCAGGCCUUUCUUUCUCUCCGUCUCUCUCUCUCUCUCCAUAUAUAUAUAUAUAUAUAUAUAUAUAUAUAUUUAAUCCCUUCCUUUUCUUUCUUCCAAGGGGCCAUUCUUCCAAGGCAGGGUUCACCCUUCUGCUCCAUCCAACCUCCUUCUGUGCCCAUGGUGCUGGUCUGUGCUGUGCCCUCACCCCCCCACCCCAGUUUAUCCAGAACCCAAGCCAGGAGGCCUUUCUUUCUCUGUAAGCACAAACACCCUUGUGCACCUGCCAGGGAAACAGGGCUGCUAUGAGCUGAAGUGCCAAGUUCAUUUCUAACUGUCAGGUUCACAGGAUGUGCUCUACCAGCUGCCCAGCAUCUGCGUCACAGGGUUUUAUAAGGUUUUUUUGGUUUUAUUGUUUGUUUUUUACCACCUCAGUCUUUGGACACCACCUACCCACUCCCUUAACAAGAGUUUUAUACCAAUUUUUUUUUUUUGUCAACACUGACACAAGGCUUUUUAGGGCUUUCCUCUUGUUUGAGCCUUGUCAGUGAAAGGAGGGACAUUUCUUAUGGUGCUGUCUCACUGCCUUAAAACACACACACACACACACACACACACACACACACACACACACACACACACAGAGAUUUUUACAACAGUUUGACAGUUGAUUUCAACUCCUAACUACCAUUGUCUUUUCAUUUAUGACCCAGUCACAUCUGUUAAUAUCAUAUGUCCUCUCUCUAUUAGCAUGGCUUUUACUUUAUCCUUAGAGGAAACGGAUGGGAGAGAGAGAGAGAGAGAGAGAGAGAGAGAGAGAGAGAUGGAGAGAGAGAUCUUUUUACCUUGUGUGUGGAAUGUUUAGCCUAUCCUUCCAAGUAUUUCAAGUAACCUCUCAGAAACCCUCUGUAACCAUCACAUAGUCAAGGCUAAGACAGGGCUAAAUCCUAUCCGGUUCUUGGUGAAAGAGUUUCAGGAAGACAGGAGAUUUGAAAUUCUUCCCCAGGAGAGCUGGAAGCACUAGAUGCAGCAUGAGCACGACUCUUUAGCUUCCCUUCCCUAGUCUCUUACUGUUAUGAUUAUUCUAAGUUUUGAGCAUGUCGUUUCGAUGGCUAUCACUGUACUCGAGAAUUUCAGUAUUCAAGAGCACAGAGGCAGGGGCGGGCCUUGACAUGGUAACCCAGGUCAGAUUUGCACAGUCGACUGGGUAGGUUUUAUAAAUACUGAUUUAUAACACUUGGCAGGAAGCAGAACAAGUAAAAGGAAUAUACAGAAUGCAGACCCUCAAUCCAGAAAGCUGUUCUUAUCUGGUGUGUUUGCCUCUCCCCCCCCCCUUUUUUUUCUUUUUUUUCUACAAUUGUUCUGACUCUGCAGACAUCAACAGUUCUAGAGUGAGCAUGCAUCAAAAACUGUCCAUGCAGCUGGUACCAUUUUGGAACAUUGAACAUGUCUGAGAAUGCAUAUGAAAAAAAAAGGAGUGUGGUCACAGGAGAGUGACUGUCACACCCAGAGGACAGGUUCUAAGCUUGUCAAAACGCUCUGGGGGAGUCAGGGGGUGGGAGGGAGGCUUGGCCAUGCUGUAGACUUGUUCUCAGUGUGUGAAAAAAGUAGACUUGGUGCUACUCUUUUGUGAUCACCCUUGGGUCAGCUGCUAUAUAUGGAACAGUAACAGCAGGAGACAUUGUACCUUUUUUUUUUUUUUUCUUCCAGAGGGUCACCGGCUCUGUAGAUACUACUACUCGGUGCUAUUGCCCUAAGGGGAAUCUAAACUGAGUUUAUGCACCUCUAGAUUCGCCAUACUGACUUUUGAAGCCUCCCAACAUGGAUCCCAUCUGUUGUGAAAUAUCAAUGUGUGCGUGAGGGUGUGCGUGUGCGUGCGUGUGUAGCUGGCAGAGUGACGCGUUGCCCUUGUCCCUUACAUGAGCUGAGAAAAUAGCUCAUUUCCCCCCUCGCCAUUCUGAGACCCACGAGUCAAACAUGAUUCAUUAAGCAAACCCCGCAAUACAUCUCCAGUUGGUUCAUCUCGUUUACAACUGAAACUAGUUUGUGAAGCAUUUGUCUGUACACAUUUUAUAUUUUGUACAUUUUGGAUGUAACAUAUCAUGUAAAUAGAAACAGUCGGGGGGGGGGGGAAAUCAUCUGAUAAGUUUUGUAGUCUUUGUAAAGCCCCAACGAUAAGUACUUGGUGUCAGUGGACUUAACUGGAUGAUGAUGUAUUUUCUAUUGGUUGGUUGUUUCUCUAGCUUAUAAACCAGCUUGCAUCUAUUUUUUUGCAAAUGUGUACCCUGUAUCUGUCUAAAUUAUUACUUUACCAUUAAAGUGGAAUUAUUUAUUGACAAGAA